UUUAGGCAAACCCCUAUGUAAGAGGGGAAAGAGGAUAGAAACUUAUGUUUUAGCAAUCCUAACAGUGAUUGAACAUGCUACCAUUGCUUAUUUCCUCUCCCCAUAAUUUUGAAUAAAACUCCUUUUAAUGUUAGUCAGAUUGCCUGAAAAUAAGAGUAUUGCUUUUACCUUUCAUUCAAGUGUUCUUGUGUUGCAGCUUCCAUUAUCAGGAAGAGAAAACAGCAUUUUUGUAGGUUCUAGGUCUCCAUAUCAACAUCUGGUAGAGCUAACUUUUAAGUAAUGGAAAGGUUUCCUUUUCCUUUCAGAUGUUAGCAUCCUGCCAGGGUCACCCAGUUCAUCAGUUAUUAUGUUUUAAAUGUUCACAACUUUUUAUUUGCUUCCAUAAAAAAAAAAAAAAAAGAAAGAAAUUACACUGGUAUACAGCCAUCAUCUCUGUCCGCAUUAUAUGUUAUGGAGACCAAGGGAUAUCACAGUUUUCCUGAAGGCCUAGAUAUGGAACGACGUUGGGGUCAAGUUUCUCAAUCUGCAGAACAUUCUUCCUUGGGGUCUGGAGAGAGGACUGAUGAGAAUAACUAUAUGGAGAUUGUCAAUGUAAGCUGUGUUUCCGGUGCUAUUCCAAACAACAGUACUCAAGGAAACAGCAAAGAAAAACAUGAACUACUCCCUUGCCUUCAGCAAGACAGUAAUCAGCCUGGGAUUUUAACAUCUGAUAUUAAAACAGAGUUGGAAUCUAAGGAACUCUCAGCCACUGUUGCUGAAUCUAUGGGUUUAUACAUGGACUCCAUAAGAGAUGCUGAUUUUGCCUAUGAUCAGCAGAAUCAGCAAGGAAGAAGCCUCAGUCCAGCAAAAAUUUAUCAAAAUGUUGAACAGCUGGUAAAAUUUUACAAAGAAAAUGGCCAUCGCCCGUCUACUUUAAACAGUGUGAACAGGUCCUUGAGAUCAUUUAUCUCUGACUCUGGCAAUUCUGUGAAUGGUAGUAUCAUGCGCUCUAUUGUUAAAAGCCCCAUAAUGUGUCAUGAGAAAAGUCCUUCUGUUUGUAGUCCUCUGAACAUGAAUUCUUCAGUCUGCAGUCCUGCUGGAAUCAACUCCGUGUCCUCAACGACAGCCAACUUUGGCAGUUUCCCAGUGCACAGCCCAAUUACCCAGGGAACUCCUCUGCCAUGUUCCCCGAAUGUUGAAAAUCGAAGCUCUGUGUCGCACAGCCCUGCACAUGCUAGCAAUGUAGGUUCUCCUCUGUCUAGUCCAAUAAGUAGCAUGAAAUCCCCGAUUUCAAGCCCUCCUAGUCACUGUAGUGUCAAAUCUCCCGUCUCUAGUCCUAACAAUGUCACUAUGCGCUCCUCUGUGUCCAGUCCUGCAAACAUCAACAACUCCAGGUGCUCUAUUUCCAGCCCUUCCAAUACGAAUAACAGGUCGACUCUUUCUAGUCCAGCUGCUAGCACUGUGGGAUCUUCUAUCUGCAGCCCGGGAAACAAUGCCUUCAGCUUUGCUGCUUCUGCCACGUCUGUUGGAUCCAGUACGACCCAGGACGUUGUUCCGAGUCCAGAAACGAACGAGAGAGGUGCUCAAGAAGUGACAUUUCCGAAAACAGAGGAAAUAGAGAAUUCCAUCUCCAAUAACGGUGUGGCUAGUCAGCUUAACAUCGUUCAGUAUAUAAAAUCAGAACCAGAUGGAGCUUUCAGUAGCUCGUGUCUUGGAGCAAAUAGCAAAGUCAAUUCUGAUUCCCAAUUCUCAGUACCCGUCAAACAGGAGUCAGCCAAGCAUUCGUGUUCAGGUACUUCUUUUAAAGGGAAUCAGACAGUAAAUCCAUUUCCAUUUAUGGAUGGUUCAUAUUUUUCCUUCAUGGAUGACAAGGACUAUUAUUCUCUAUCUGGAAUUUUAGGACCACCUGUUUCCUCAUUUGACGGCAGUUGUGAAGGCAGUGCAUUUCCAAAUCCGGGUCUGCCCAUGGGAAUUAAACAAGAGCUCGAUGAUGGUAGUUAUUAUCAAGAAAACAGCCUGCCUUCAUCUGCCAUCGUUGGUGUGAAUUCAGGUGGACAGUCUUUCCACUACAGGAUUGGAGCUCAAGGCACAAUAUCUUUAUCAAGACCUAUUGGAAGAGACCAAUCUUUUUCACAUUUGAGCUCAUUUCCUCCAGUCAAUACAUUGGUGGAGUCAUGGAAAUCACACAGUGACUUGUCAUCCAGAAGAAAUGAUGGGUAUCCAGUUCUAGAAUACAUUCCAGAAAAUGUGUCAAGUUCUUCUUUACGAAGUGUUUCGACUACAUCCUCAAGACCUUCUAAAAUAUGUUUGGUGUGUGGGGACGAGGCUUCGGGAUGUCAUUAUGGAGUGGUGACCUGUGGCAGCUGCAAAGUUUUCUUCAAAAGAGCAGUGGAAGGGCAACACAAUUACCUAUGUGCUGGAAGAAAUGAUUGUAUUAUUGACAAAAUCCGAAGGAAGAAUUGUCCUGCCUGCAGACUUCAGAAAUGUCUACAAGCUGGAAUGAAUUUAGGUGGUGAGUAUCAAUCGUUGCCCCUGCAAAAUCCUCAGAAAUUAACAUUAUGGAACUGGAAAUGCUUGAGAAGUUAUCCAACUCUGUGGCGUAUUUUGAGCACUAGACAUGCUUCAUCCACUUGGAUUUUCUUCUUACCAGAUCUGAGACUGCACUAAGAAGAAAAGAUGCGUCAAUCUGCCAUGUAUGAGCUGUGCCAAGGGAUGCACCAGAUCAGCCUUCAGUUUGUCCGUCUCCAGCUUACUUUUGAAGAGUACACCAUAAUGAAAGUGUUGCUGCUCCUAAGCACAAUUCCCAAGGAUGGCCUCAAGAGCCAAGUUGCAUUUGAAGAAAUGAGGACAAAUUACAUCAAAGAGUUGCGGAAAAUGGUAACCAAAUGUCCGAGUAACUCUGGGCAGAGUUGGCAAAGAUUCUAUCAGUUGACUAAGCUCCUGGAUUCCAUGCAUGAUCUGGUGAGUGACUUGUUGGAAUUCUGCUUCUACACCUUCCGAGAGUCCCAGGCACUGAAAGUGGAGUUUCCUGCAAUGCUGGUGGAGAUCAUCAGUGAUCAGCUACCAAAGGUGGAAUCGGGGAAUGCCAAGCCCCUGUACUUCCACAGGAAGUGAUGGAAAAUGUCUUAAUGGAAGAACUUUGCCUUAAGUUUCCCUGUGUUAUUCCACACCCAUGAAGGACCCAAGAAAUCACAUUUUUAACAUGCGAUGAUUCACUUUGUUCAGCAGUUUUUCAAGUUUAAAAUCACGUCAAGGGUUUGGGGACUGGAAUACAGUUCGACAUGGAUUUGGCAAGAACCGGAUGAUUUAAGAGCUCUUCUCCUUACCCUCAGUGCUUAGAAAAUGAUCCCGUUCCUCUGGAUGAAAAGCCAUAUCUAGUCAAUAACUCUUUGAUUUUGAUAUUUUAACAGAUGGAAGUUUUAAAUAUGCCAUGUAGUUUCUGGUAUUGUUUGCUUGUUAUAAAAGGGUUCAAGGACUAAUGAACUUUUUAAAGCUUACCCUUGGUUUGCACAUAAAACGUACAGUCAAAUAUGGGGCAUUAAUAUUCUUUUCUUAUUUAAAAAAAACAAAAAAGAGAAAAAAUAUAUACAGACUCCUCUUGUGUAAUAUUGGAACAUUUGGUGUGGAAUAAUCGCCUCCCCACCUGGGGCAUUUGUUCUCCCAUGUUAUCCUUCAUCACUAGUGGACACGCCCUUCGGUGUCCCUUUAUUAUUUAAUUAAAAUGGAUAAGAUGUUAAAACAAAUGCCUCGGUUUCGAUUUAUAUUAUCUAUUGUGCUGGCUUUACAAAUAAUUUUUCGCAGUCUUUUGCUGUACUGUACAUUACUGUAUGUAUAAAUUGUGAAGGACCUGAAAUAAGGUGUAAGGAACUUUUGUAAAUGAGACACAUACAAAAAAAAUCUUUAAUGGUUAAUAGGAUGAAUGGGAAAGUAUUUUUGAAAGAAUUCUAUUUUGCUGGAGACUAUUUAAGUACUAUCUUUGUCUAAACAAACAAGGUAAUUUUUUUUUUGUAAAGUGAAAUGUUCUGCAUGCCUAAUGAAGCGUUUACAGUGUAUUUAAGAAAGGGAAAGCUGUGCCUUUUUUUAGCAUCAUAGAAGAUUUACCAUUUUACAGUGUCUGUUGUAAAUAACUACACAAAGUUUUUCAGUUGUCUUUAAACCUUUCUACUCUUCCAUAUUCCGUUUCCCCUUUUGUCUGCCACUUGCAAGUACCUGUGAGCCGAGUACACUUUAAGACUCCGGCUUCUUUCUUCCCCAAGGAAUGUUGUUGAGUUGUGUUUACAGCUUCAUGAAGGUUUCAUUUAUCAAGACACAACAGACAAGUGGCUCAGGAGCCUUGGCAGCUUUAGGGCGGUAGGGAGACUGCCUCUUCUCUCCUCCACAAGCAAAAAGUAAGUCCUACGAUAUCAGGCCUGGGAGGGAAAAAAUUGCGCUUUAAAGGUUGCUUUCCAGCUAUUUGAGGUUUCCUUCUCUGGGAGAAAACACGAGCAACCUCUUAGGGGAUCCUCUUCCUGCUUCAGAUGUAGGGGUAGGGGAAGGGCAAGGGAACAUCCAUCCAUCCUUCCUUCAUCCAUCCUUCCAUCCUUCCAUCCAUCCAUCCAUCCAUCCAUCCUGGGAGGGAGGAUCUCUCCAGAUUGGAAUUGGCAAAAACUAGGAGUAUUGACGUCUUCAAAAUUUAAAUCUUCAAAAGCAUUUUAUAACGAAACUGCAGCUCAUACACUCAAAGUUCAACUUAUUUCAUGGGGUUCAGGCUCAGGUGCCUUUUAGACUUCUCGGCAGCCUAAAAGCAUAAAUGUGCAUGUUUGGGGGCAGAGCUAACAGGCUGGUUUCAUAAGAUAAACUGCUGAGAGUCCAGGCCAAAGGAAUCUCUCUGAGAGUGAUGAUUAACAUAAGUACUCACUUGCUCAUGGGAAUCACAUCCAUUUCCCCAAAGUCUCCUGGCUGCCACUGAGGGAGGGAGGGAGCCACCGAGGGCCCUGAGAAUGCAGCAUUCCACACUGGGCACCCUUCACUCCAGCCUUAGUGGAGCACACUCACCCAUGACAACAGGACCCUGGUCUUUUUAAAUGACACCUGCCUUAUGCAAUGGGAAACUUCCGAAAGCUGUACUCAAGAGAGAAGGGGUCUUCUUACAUACUUUGCAACUUCAGGAAUUUAAUUUAAUCAACCAAUCUUUAACUACAAACUGACAUGCACAGCAAUACGAAAGCUACCCGUGGAAGGCGAUAAAUACACAGCAUGCAGACUGGGGGUUUCUGGAAAAGACAUGGAUACAAAAAUGCCGCUUUUUAGUUCAGACUUAAUUUUUACAGAAUUGGAAUUUCCACUUAACCAGGUUUGGGAUGAAUACAGUCUGCAUCAGCUUUUUGUAUUAACAAAGUUACUGGCUUUUUCUGUCUCCAGGUAACUUUGCUUGAUUAAACAGCAAAGCCAUAUUCUAAACUCACUGUUGAAUGCUUGUCCCAGUCCAAAUUGUCUGUUUGCUCUUAUUUUUGUACCAUAUUGCUCUUAAAAAUCUUGGUUUGGUACAAUUCAUAAUUCACUGAAACUUCUUCAUAGAAUUAAAAAAAACACACUAAAUUAGUUUAAAAAAGCAAUUUAUAUCUUUAUGCAAAAACGUAUGUCUGUCUUUGCAAACGACUGUAAGCAGAUUAC